AUGAAGCUGGAAGGGCAAGAGAAAGCUGCAGCACAGAGGAUUGCUGGAGCCCAUCCUAAUCCAGCAUCUCCAAGCCAAAUGAGCCUGCAGCGUCUUAUUCCACCCUGUGGGAUUAAUCAGUGCUCGACCAGGCUCCAGGCAAGCGAGGUUGCCCAUGAUGGGCUCAGUGGGAUCCGAGCGCUUGAAGGAGCUGAGCCCAGCGGGAACGCCGGAGGGGAACGUGGUGAUGAGCUUCAGCUUUGACAGCUACCAGCUGGAGGAGGACGAGCUGCAGCGGGGCAGCCAGGCCAAGGGCGUCCUCACCUUCAUGGAGCCGGUUUCUGAGGAUCCCGAGCCGCAGGAUCGAUACCACGGGAUUUACUUUGCCAUGCUGCUGGCCGGGGUGGGAUUUCUCCUGCCGUACAACAGCUUUAUCACCGACGUGGACUACCUACACCAUAAAUACCCAGGGACCUCCAUCGUCUUCGACAUGAGCCUCACCUACAUCCUGGUGGCCUUGGUGGCCGUCAUCCUCAACAACGCACUGGUGGAGCUGCUGAGCUUGCACACCCGGAUCUCUGUGGGCUAUCUCUUCGCCCUGGGGCCACUGCUCUUUGUCAGCAUCUGCGACGUGUGGCUGGAGCUCUUCAGCCGCAGGCAAGCCUAUGCCAUCAACCUGGUGGCUGUCGGGGUGGUGGCCUUUGGCUGCACAGUGCAGCAAUCCAGCUUCUACGGCUACACGGGGCUGCUGCCCAAGCGCUACACGCAGGGGGUGAUGACGGGAGAGAGCACCGCCGGGGUCAUCAUCUCGCUCAGCCGCAUCUUCACCAAGCUGCUGCUGUCAGACGAGAAGGAGAACACGGUCAUCUUCUUCUUCAUCUCCAUCGGCAUGGAGCUGACGUGCUUCAUCCUCCACCUCCUCGUCAAGCGCACCCGCUUCGUCCGCUACUACACCUCCUGCUCCCGCAAGGGUCUCCCCGAGGCAAGAGGCGCCGGUGACCACGGCACGGGCUACCGCGUCCACCACGAUGUCACCGCGGAGGACAUCCGCUUCGUAAGCCAACAGUGGGCUCCCCCGCUGGCCCCCGGGGUCCCGUUGGAGCUCAGCACUGGUGUCCCCUCUCCCCCCAUCCAGGAGAACAGGCAGCGGGGGCAGCCCAGUCCCCCUCGGGGCAGCCCGGGCCAUGAGGCUGAGCUGGCUGGAAGCGGCACCUACAUGCGCUUCGAUGUCCCUCAGCCCAAAAUCAAGAGGAGCUGGCCCAGCUUCAGAGACAUGCUGCUCUACCGCUACGUCGUGUCCCGCCUCAUCUGGGCCUACAUGCUGUCCAUCGCCAUGACCUACUUCAUCACACUGUGCCUCUUUCCCGGGCUGGAGUCGGAGAUCCACAACUGCACGCUGGGGGAAUGGCUCCCCAUCCUCAUCAUGGCCAUCUUCAACCUCUCCGACUUCGUGGGCAAGAUCCUGGCUGCCCUGCCCUAUGACUGGAGAGGAACCCACCUCCUCGUCUAUUCCUGCCUCCGCGUGGUCUUCAUCCCCCUCUUCAUCAUGUGUGUCUACCCCAAUGGAAAGCCCACCUUUGGCCACCCUGCCUGGCCCUGCAUCUUCUCCCUCCUGAUGGGCAUCACCAAUGGCUACUUCGGCAGCGUUCCCAUGAUCCUGGCUGCUGGCAAAGUGAGCCCGGAGCAGCGGGAGCUGGCAGGGAACACCAUGACCGUGUCCUACAUGACAGGCUUGACGCUGGGCUCAGCUGUGGCCUAUUUUGCCUACAGCCUCACCAGUACAUCCCACAGCAGCUGUUUCUACACCGAGACCUCCAACAGCUCCUUUACAUUGGGGUACUGAGCCCCAUGGCAGGGUGACGGGGACACGAUGGGACCUAUUCCCACCAUGGUCCCCACUGCCCCGCCUGGUCCAUGUCCCUCCAUGGGGAGGGAAGCUGGAGCCAGAAAGUUGUCCCAAGGAGGACAGGGACCAGAAUCCUGUUGGCAUGGAGCUGUGGCAUCCAAAAUGGCCCAUGCUGUUCAGGGCCACCUUUUAGGGUGACACUGCUCUUGGGGGGCUCCCCAUCAGUG